AUUAAAUAAUAGACUGUAUAAAAGACAAGGAGCACUAAACACCGACAUCACAACUAGUUGUAUCAAAAGUACGAACGAACGAUCACAUCACGAAGAAAACAAAUCAUCAAUAUGGUUUCUAAGAUUGUAUUAGCCCUGUGUGUUAUGGUGGCAAUUGCAUCAGCCGUGCCAGCGGGUGGAGGUCCUGGAGGCUGGCCAGCGGCGGGCGGUUGGGGUGCGCCCGCAGCCCCUGGUUGGGCCCCCGCUGCCAACCCCUUCAUCCCUCCGUGGAUCGCCACCGCGCCCUGGUUCCCCGUCUUCACCCCUUGCACCACCGUCGGAAGCACCUGUCUAGACUGUAACACCAAGUCUAUAUGCACGAAGAUUGGUGCUCUCCAGCGCGCCUGCACCGACCCUACCCUGCCUUACUGCAACCUCGGAAACUGCACGGCCACGCCUUCUGCUGAGUGCGCUCCGGUAUCGGCGGUGCCUGCCACAGUUUAACUUGACAGCAUUACAAAUGGUCACGAAU